AUGAUGCAGGCCUCAAUUGGAAGGGCGAGUUCCAAUCUUCAGGUGAUGAAACGUCAGGCAAGUUCCUGGGACCCACAGAGGGUGGUGGCUCAACCUAGGAGUAUCUCUCAGAUCAAACAUGUCUGUGGGAAGCAAGGCUUAGAAAAAGAAGUUACAAAAUCUGCCUCUCUAAAGAGUGGUUCUCUGAUACAAAGAGAGGCCCACAGGAAAGGAGGGAGAACGGUCAUUUUGCCGACAGGGACAGCCCAGUAUUCCAAUGGGAGGGACACAGAUGCACCAGAGGAGAUUGUACGGGGCUGUGUAAAUCCAGUACCAAGUGUGACUAGACAACGCCAACACAAGGGUCAACACGCUGGUAACCAGGUGAGUUUCUCCAAAUCCACGGAUGCUUUUGCUUUUGAAGAGGACAGCAGCAGUGAUGGGCUUUCUCCAGAUCAGACUCGAAGUGAAGACCCUCAAAACUCAGCGGGAUCCCGCCAGACGAUAAAGCCUCAGAGACCCCUUCGACAGGUUCUCUGGGGACAAACCAGCACAGCAGAGGCCACCUCUGCCGUGGAGAAGGCUGUGGGUUUGGAUUUUCUUUGGGAUCACAGCUCAGCCAGCGUGUUUCCGACUGGAGACGCUGCCAAGUCAGAAUAUGCCUGCCAGCUGUUCAGGAGCCCCCUCUUCUGGACACCGGUGUCCAAAUCCUUGGGUGACAGCAAGAACCGCCACAAAAAGCCCAAGGACCCCAAGCCAAAGGUGAAGAAGCUGAAAUAUCACCAGUACAUUCCCCCAGACCAGAAGGCAGAGAAGUCCCCUCCACCGAUGGACUCAGCCUACGCUCGGCUGCUACAGCAACAGCAGCUGUUUCUGCAACUCCAAAUCCUCAGCCAGCAGCAGCAGCAGCAGCAGCAGCAGCAGCAGCAGCAGCAGCAGCAGCAGCAGCAGCACCGAUUCAGCUACCCAGGGAUGCACCAAGCUCAGCUUAAAGAACCAAAUGAACAGAUGGUCAGAAAUCCAAACUCUUCUUCAACGCCACUGAGCAAUACCCCCUUGUCUCCUGUCAAGAACAGUUUUUCUGGACAAACUGGUGUCUCCUCUUUCAAACCCGGCCCACUCCCGCCUAACCUGGAUGAUCUGAAGGUCUCUGAAUUAAGACAACAGCUUCGAAUUCGGGGCCUGCCUGUGUCAGGCACCAAAACGGCCCUCAUGGACCGGCUUCGACCCUUCCAGGACUGCUCUGGCAACCCAGGGCCGAACUUUGGGGAUAUAACGACUGUCACUUUUCCUGUCACACCCAACACGCUGCCCAAUUACCAGACUUCUUCCACCAGUGCCCUCUCCAAUGGUUUCUACCACUUUGGCAGCACCAGCUCCAGCCCCCCGAUCUCCCCAGCCUCCUCUGACCUGUCGGUCGCCGGGUCCCUACCAGACACCUUCACUGAUGCCUCCCCCUCCUUCGGCCUGCACCCGUCCCCGGUCCACGUGUGCACGGAGGAGAGUCUCAUGAGCAGCCUGAAUGGGGGCUCUGUUCCUUCUGAGCUGGAUGGGCUGGACUCCGAGAAGGACAAGAUGCUGGUGGAGAAGCAGAAGGUGAUCAAUGAACUCACCUGGAAACUCCAGCAAGAGCAGAGGCAGGUGGAGGAGCUGAGGAUGCAGCUUCAGAAGCAGAAAAGGAAUAACUGUUCAGAGAGGAAGCCACUGCCUUUCCUGGCUGCCUCCAUCAAGCAGGAAGAGGCUGUCUCCAGCUGUCCUUUUGCAUCCCAAGUACCUGGGAAAAGGCAAAGCAGCAGCUCAGAGUGUCACCCGCCGGCUUGUGAAGCGGCUCAAGUCCAGCCUCUUGGAAAUGCUCAUUGUGUGGAGUCCUCAGAUCAAACCAAUGUACUUUCUUCCACAUUUCUCAGCCCCCAGUGUUCCCCUCAGCAUUCACCGCUUGGGGUUGUGAAAAGCCCACAGCACAUCAGUUUGCCCCCAUCACCCAACAAUCCUCACUUUCUGCCCUCGUCCUCCGGGGCCCAGGGAGAAGGACACAGGGUCUCCUCGCCCAUCAGCAGCCAGGUGUGCACUGCACAGAACUCAGGAGCUCACAGUGGCCAUCCUCCAAGCUUCUCUCCCUGUACUUCCAGCCUCCACCCACCCUUCUCUGGAGCCCAAGCAGACAGCAGUCACGGUGCUGGGGGCAACCCUUGUCCCAAAAGCCCAUGUGUACAGCAAAAGAUGGCUGGUUUACACUCUUCUGAUAAGGUGGGGCCAAAGUUUUCAAUUCCAUCCCCAACUUUCUCUAAGUCAAGUUCAGCAAUUUCAGAGGUAACACAGCCUCCAUCCUAUGAAGAUGCCGUAAAGCAGCAAAUGACCCGGAGUCAGCAGAUGGAUGAACUCCUGGACGUGCUUAUUGAAAGUGGAGAAAUGCCAGCAGACGCUAGAGAGGAUCACUCAUGUCUUCAAAAAGUCCCAAAGAUACCCAGAUCUUCCCAAAGUCCAACUGCUGUCCUCCCCAAGCCCUCGGCUUCCUUUGAACAAGCCUCUUCAGGCAGCCAGAUCCCCUUUGAUCCCUAUGCCACCGACAGUGAUGAGCAUCUUGAAGUCUUAUUAAAUUCCCAGAGCCCCCUAGGAAAGGUGAGUGAUGUCACCCUUCUAAAAAUUGGGAGCGAAGAACCUCAUUUUGAUGGGAUAAUGGAUGGAUUCUCUGGGAAGGCUGCAGAAGACCUCUUCAAUGCACAUGAGAUCUUGCCAGGCCCCCUCUCUCCGAUGCAGACACAGUUUUCACCCUCUUCUGUGGACAGCAGUGGGCUGCAGUUAAGCUUCACUGAAUCUCCUUGGGAAACCAUGGAGUGGCUGGACCUCACUCCGCCAAGUUCCACACCAGGCUUUAGCGCCCUCAGCACCAGCAGUCCCAGCAUCUUCGACAUCGAUUUCCUGGAUGUCACUGAUCUCAAUUUGAGUUCUUCCAUGGACCUUCACUUACAGCAGUGGUAGAAUGCCCGAUGCACCAGCGCUAUGGAAGACCAAUAGGAGUUCCAUGGGGGAAAGCACACAGCCAUACGUACUUUACUGUCCAAAAAUAGAAGAAGAAGAAGAAGAGAAUUAAAGAGAAGCAAUGGAGACUUCUGUGCCAAUCAACAAGAACAAAUAGAAGACAUUUUAAGAAAUACAUAUACUGUAAUAUUUACCAACAUUCAGUACCUGUUAAUGAUUUCAACAUGCAUUCAGAAAUGUGCUUUCUCAGAUUAAGGAUGCCAAAAAAGAUAUUUCACUGCCUUUUCAAAGACCAGUAUAUUUUCUAGUCCAUUAUUUUUCUCAGGCAUUGUUGGGGCAUAAGCUCACACUGCAAGCUUUUCUCAUUAAUUCACUAGAGAUAACGUGGAAAGGAAACACAGUCUUUUGGGAGCACAGGGAAGCCAGCCCUCCAAGGUUAUGGAAGACAUACCUGCGAUGGAAGCUGUUGCCCAAUGUCUCCAUUACUAUCUUUCAAAAGAGAAACCAGACCCAGCUUCAAAUCAAAAGUUCUUGAGACAGAGGGACAAAACCAAUCUUUUUCAAGGAAAGCUAAAUCAACUCAAUGUCCCUCUACCACAAAACUGCCCCACUGGAGUGGUUCUGAACGUGUACCCAGGACUCUGUGUGGUCACUAAUAACAGUUAACCUGAACCGAGUCCACAGAACUCCACCCAGAACUUUCUUCUUUUUUAACCAGUGGCCCAGUCAUUCCCACCAUAUCUCUGCUGAUAAGCAUGUGUCCUAGAUGAGAACCCUGAAGGAUGUAGACCUUCUUCCCCCGAAGGAGAUGCCACAAGCUCCCCAACACAGCCAGCCCCCUUUAGUUCCAAAGACUAGAGAUGACCACAUUAGUAGAAACAUAUCUCGAGGCACAGGAAGGAAGCCGUACCAGGGAUAAAUCAGACAAGACUAGAGAAUAACAUCAUGUCACAUACCCUGGAAUAAACACCCUGGGUUCCUAUAACAGGACUAUUACUUAUGGGAGUCCAACUUCUCCUUUUGUUUUGCUAUUAUCACUUUAUCUUUCUCUCACUCCACUUUUCCCUCAAGGUACCAAUCCUUUCCUGUUCCUCAUUUGGCCAUCUUUCUUUUUCUGCCCCAACAUUGGGAGGGGAGGACUUCUCAGCUCUAACAAGCUGCCAUACUCCUAAGA